CACUGCCAAGGUGACCAAGCCACAGGCUACAACAAUCUCACUCACCCCUCCUCCUGUCGAUCAGACUGUACGUAUAUGAAUGAAAGACAUCAGCGUCGUGCUCAAAGGUGCAUGGUGUCAUUCGUACCCAAACAAGGAAGCGGCUCCAAACAGCAAAAACCAUAGGUUCGUCUGGGGAAGGAGGAAAAGGAAACUCACACGCCUCGUCUCAAAAGCUGCUCCCACGAAUUCGUGGAGCAGCAACCAAACCUCGCGUCGCACCCCAAGGCGAGCGAAGGCGGCCAAACCCCAAGGAAAACGAAAAACCCAGCCGACCACCACUCCCUGUCUCCCUGCAGAUCACCUCGCCAUCUCCCUCCUACUCCUCUCCUCGCACGCGGGGUCGCCAUGCCCCAUUGCCACUGCCGCUGCUGAGUGCCGCCGUGGGAGGAUCCGCCCGCAGCGCAGGCCAGCUGCUUCUCCGCUGGAGUCUGGAGCACGCGCGCCGGGGCGCAUGGACCCGGCCUCCGAAGAGCUCGACCGCCGCAGCCGCUACCUGAGCGCGCUCGUGCGCCGCGCCAAGCUCGCCGACCCGCCGCAGCCCGAGCCGGAGCCGGAGCCGGAGCCGGAGGUGGUGGAGACCAAGGCGAAGGCGAAGGCGGGCGUGGAGCCGGAGCUGAAGGCGUCGCCGCGCCCGCACGUCGGCGGCGAGGGUAAGGGAGUCAAGGAGGAGGCCAAGGCGUCGGCGGCGGUGAAGGCCAGGGGUGAAGUGAAGGCGGCGGAGGGGAGGAAGGUGGCGGUGUGCGUGCGUGCGGCGGACAUGCCGCUGCCGCUGCAGCGGCGCGCCGUCCGGAUCGCCGUCGAGGCCGUCGCCGCCAUGCCGCGGCUCGAGAGCAAGCGCCUCGCGCUCGCGCUCAAGAAGGAUUUCGAUACAACAUAUGGGCCUGCAUGGCACUGCAUUGUCGGCACAAGCUUUGGUUCCUAUGUUACUCACUCAUUGGGAGGUUUCUUGUACUUCUCCGUUGACAAGGCCUACAUUCUUCUCUUCAGAACUGCCGUCCAGCCACUUGCUCAGCCGCAAUGAGACCUGGGAUUCUGUUUACUCAAACAAGUGUAGAUGCAGCGCAAAUUGUAACUUUGAACAGAAUAGAUGAUGUUCAACACACCUUGGUGCCGCGUUUAAUUUUCAUCUGUACACAAAACCGUAGAACAGCCAUGCCUCUGUAACUUCUGCGUUGUACUGUGCUGCUGACCUGCUGUGUAAACGUUCUUGUGCUGUGUCCUGGAGUUACAGAGCCUGACUGUCAGAUCUCAAUCUCCAGCUUUACUUUGUGGUUACUCAUUCGAGCUA